AUGUAUGAUGUUGAAUCAGAUCAGUUGAAUAUGGAAGCUGGAGACAGCGGCUAUCACAUUCCCCAACAAAGACCAGUUUAUCCUAAGGAGCAACCAUCGUCGCGAAUGGCUCCGCCGGCGUUUUUUUAUCGUCCAUACCCGGUCAGUCCUCUAUCUGCUCCCGUAACCUCUUCCACUUCCGAUGAUUAUUUUAGCUUCCCGGGGACGGCUAUAAAUGAAUCUCAACUACCCCGCCAAAACAAACCGAGCCGCAUUAACAUUAAGCAACCGGAUGCGCCAACUCAGGCUACAGUCAAUCCUAAUGUGAAUUUCUUGAAUACGCAUACCAGGUCGUAUUCUUCAGAUGUACGGUAUCACAGUAUGCUCUCGCAAUCCUUCACUCCUAAUGAUCACACUCGACCUGAAGAUAUACGAAGUGGUCUUGGGGGUGCGCCUAUCAUGAAAAGUGUGGAUCAGCUGGACGUUGCGUCGCUGAAUAUGAAAAAUAGGAAUCCAGGAUUUCAUCUACCGUUAGAUAAUUUGAAUACUCCACAUGCUUUGCAGAGGUUUCAGCCUCAAUUUCAAGCCAGCCCUCAUUCUGAAUCCAGUUUUGAUGUCACAUACGACAAAAUGCUAUUUACUGAGCCGGACUCAUUUUUUCACACGGGGGCGGGUGGAAACUUCGAUAGUGGACAGGAGGAUGUAACUCCUUUGAUGAAUCCACCAAAUAUGAAUGAAAAUGGUUACUUUGGAGGUCUAGAAUCUUCGCUGGUCGGGAAUAAUGAUCUCACUGAUCUUUUCAUGGACAAUACUCUCAAUGGGGGCUAUCUUAAUGAUCUCCCUUCAAAAAUGGGUUCACAGCCAAUGGAUGAGUUCAACAAUUAUGUCAACUUUCGAAUGAUGGGAGGAUCGUUGGACGACAGUACCAAAAGUGACGGUAUUAACCCAGUCACUGAAUCUAUUCAAAUAUUCGAUCACAAAGAUGAAGGCAGUGAUGGGGACUCAUUUGUUCUGCCGUCAAUGCAACUCCAUCUUCAAAGUGAGCAUAUUUUGCCUAAUGCUUUCCGUCCACUCAUGGGCCGGUCCGCCUCUGUACCAGGGACAUCGGGAGCUCUUCCUUUAGCAAGGUCUGCGGACAAGAAGGCGGUAUCAGGAAAGAAAAAGAAGGCGCUCAAAGGAUCCGUGUGCACGAUAUGUGAUCGAUUCAUAAGUCGAGACUUCAGCCGACAUAUGCGGAUUCAUGAUGAAGUUGGACGAUUUCAAUGUGUUUUUCCUCGAAGUGUUUGUAAGCAUAGAUCCGGUAAAUUUAACCGACCCUAUGACUACAAAAAACACUUGUUGAAUGUGCACUUCAAGUAUGACGAUCCUGCGGUCAAGCUUGCACCUAAUUUGACGGAUAAACUUCUAGUCUCGGGGCAGUGCAUUGCUUGCGGGCAAAAGUUCAUGGCUAAUUAUUGGCUUGAGCACCACAUCUUGACUACAGAUACGUCCAUGAUGUGUCCAGAGUUACGAAAACUAGAAAAGCUAAAUGGGGAGGCCAGUGCAAGUAAUCAGCUGGAUGGCCAUGAAGAAGUUAGAUCCACGUCGUCUUAG